AUGAAAAAAGACACCGAGGAUUUAUCAGUAGAAAAUGUAAAUGAUGAAAGUUACCAGACAUUUGUUAAUGAUGAAGAAACUUUCAAAGAUGGUUUAUCAUUAUAUACUUAUGAAUGCUAAGCCUAUUAAACUUUUUGCAAGGAUCCCUCUAUCAAGUAUAAAAUUGACUGGGACUACCCUUCUAGUCUCCAUAAUUGGGUUGAAUCACUUGAUUUAACAUGUGAAAGUCCAGCGAAAAUUGGAUUGAUCGGCUCAAUUUUUUUUGUUGGUUGGACCAUCGGUGCUUUUAUCCUACCCAGAUUAUGUGUAUAAUACCUCAUUUUUUUAACUUUUUUACUGUAUUUCUUGUUUGUUUCAAAGCAUUGGCUUGAUAUUUAGAUAUUUGGUUGUGUAAUUAACUUUCUAAUAGCCUUUUCAAUAAACUUCUUACCUGAGUCACCUAAGUAUCUUAUAAGUAAGCAACAAUAUGAAGAUGCGAGAGAUUCCUUGAGAGUUAUAGCUCGAAUUAACAGGUAUAAAGGUUCAUUAAAUCUUAGAUUUGAUAAAGAAGUAUUGGAUGAAUUAUCAAACUAAUCAACAAUGAAUACUCUAUCUGGAAAAGAAUAAAUUGAUUGCACAUCUUUAGGCUUUUUUCUUAUCAAUUUUCAGCUCAAGUACCUAAAAGGAGAUUUCUUCGUCAAUAUUAUAGUAGCCUAAAUAACAGAUAUUUCGGGUUGUAUCAUAAGUGGCAUUUUUUAUCAAAAGCUUGGUAUUAGAAUUGCCCUGGUUUCUUGCUUUUUAGUUUCAUUCUCCGGUGGCAUAUUCUUCCUAAUAUUUCCUAAUGCUGUUAGUAUGAUUCCAUUCUUUAUCCUAUUGGCAAAAUUUGGAGUAAGUGCUUCCUUUAGUAUAUGCUUCCUUGUAAAUUCAACAAUAUUUCCUACAAUAUUUGCUGGCACUGCCUUUGGAAUUUGUAACAUAUUCGCUAAGUUAGUGACAAUUAUCUCACCUUUUCUAGCUGAGGUUGAGGCACCCGUGCCUAUGGCAGUAUUUAGUACAAUCACAGGAGCUGUGGCUGUUCUUUCAUAUUUUAUACAAUCUGAACCCUAAUCAUAAAACGUUGAGAAAAAGAAGUAAAAUUAAAAGAAUAACUGA